CGCACGACGACGCCGUACAUGACGAAGUACGAGCGCGCGAGGAUCUUGGGCACGCGCGCGCUGCAGAUCUCCAUGAACGCGCCCGUGCUCGUCCAGCUGGACGGCGAGACGGAUCCGCUGGAGAUCGCGGGGAAGGAGCUGCGAGAGAAGCGCAUCCCGUUCACGGUCCGGCGGUACCUCCCGGACGGAUCCUUCGAGGACUGGAGCGUGGACGAGCUCAUCAUCGAGGACCCGGACCGCCGACGCGGGUUGUAG